UUCUUAUUUAAUAUUUGUUGUGAUGAUCAGUUUUAAUAAACUCUUUGAUUUCAAGAAUUGAAAUGUAAAUAAGUAUAUACUAGAAUUAUGGUAGCAGACGAGUUGAAUGCGUUAAGGAAUGAUAGGGUUCCGGGGAUACAUGAUUCCGAGGCAUCAAACAAGAGCAUCAUGCAGAAAGUGACACAAAAAUUAUUGAUUAUUGGAGCAAUAGUGGGAAUUACAUUUAUCAUUGUUGGAAUAAUAUUGAUUAGUUGUGCUUCUCAGUCAGAUGGAUAUGAAAUAAUUCAAGAUUAUACAGACUGUAUGGAUUUCAAAAAUCCAGAAAUGAAAUGUAAAGACUCUUUAAAAACUAUGUCACAAGUGUGUUCCUGUUUUCUAUCAAUAAAUGUAAAAGAACUGAUGAAGGCCCCUGUAACUCUCUACUACGAGUUGGAGUCUUAUGAUGAUAUUACCAGCAAAUACGCCAAGUCAAGGGAUGACAAGCAGUUGGCUGGUCAACUGAUCACAAAUUCGUCCAGCUGUGGAAACUAUACUUAUGCCAAUACUACGAACGGUAUGAAGCUCAUCGCGCCCUGUGGAGCUCUUGCAGAUGCCAUGUUUAACGAUACGUUCAGUAUGCAAAUAAACAACACGUAUUUAAUAGGAAUCCGAACUGGUUUGUUAUCGGAAGAAGACAAGAAACCCUAUCGUAAUCCACCAGGAGAUCUUAAAGUGGCAUUACAGGAUUACGCGAAACCGAUAAACUGGAAAAAUAACGUUACAAUGCUAGAUGAGGAUCAUCCUCAGAAUAAUGGAUUUCAGAAUGAGGCAUUCAUAGCGUGGAUGCAGACGAAUUUGCGCCGGAAACCGGUAAUGCGGAUCAAUCAUACGGGGUACUAUGAACAAGGUCUGCCGGCCGCCAACUACGUGAUACGUGUCCGAUAUGCGUAUCCUGAGGAACGUUACAGCGGUCGUCGGAAAAUCAUCAUCAGUUCUUUCCGCGAGUGGACAAAUUAUAUCGCACGUAAUUUUGGUAUUGCCUUCUUAGUACUGGGUUCGGUGACCGUUGUUGCUGUAGCCGCAUUAUUCUGCUUAAAACGUAGGGAGGGCCGCUAAUAGGAUUUCAAUGAUCUAACAAAAGAUGAUCUGGCAACGUAAUGUGACUAUUUUGGAAUAGUAACUAUCGUGAGACAUACUAAAUUGAUUGAAAAUAACGACCACGACUACGACUACGACGACGACGAAAAAACGACGAGCUUGAAGACAAAAAGGGAUUUUUUAUGUAUUUAUGAACAGCGUGAGCGUCGCGGCGACGUCACGCAGCCAAGAGCCCCGUGAUGACUUGAAACUAGUCGAGAUUUUGUCAUUGCAAGAUAUGAUGAGAUCUAUCUGCUCUU